UCUCAUUUUACUUCAGUGUGUGGAAGGAUAUGUCAGAGACACUAAGAAAUUAUCAAGCUAUUUUAGACAUGGAAGAGCAGCAAGUUUCAUGGAAAAAAUUCUUUGUCUAUGAGGCAGGAAACACAAACGGGGCUCAUCGACCCAUCGUUAGAUGGCUCACAACAAUCAGCCAUACUGAGGUGUUCACGCCAGAAGAAUGUGACUACCUCCUGGUUUUCUGUCCUGCUGUUUCCCGAGUUGGGACAGACAUCGGAGAGGCUCUGGCCAGCAUACCUUUGCGUAGACCAGUCAUUCUGGUGGUGAUGCAUCACACUUUCGAUCGCCAGCAUGUUGUAGCUGAAAGCUGCAGGCAGGUGAACGACCCAAAUGUCCGCCUCACUGUGGACUGCCUGUUUUAUGAGGGCCGACUCCUUGAUUGCAGUCUCAAUGAUAUCGCGCAGGGUAACAUCUGGAAGAGUUUUGGAGUUUCCUCGGUCUUUGACUGUAGAAACUGGAUUCAGCAGAGGUGGAAGAGACUUGCAGUUUGCACUUUAUUUGGAUGUUUUGUCACUGUAGUCAUUAUCUGGCUUUGUACAUCAUAUGCGGCCGAGCCUGCUCCGGGUAACCAUAGUUACCCUAACAAGCAUUUAGGGUAACCGUGGUUCAGGAGCAGGUCAUCUACUAACUGGAAGAUCUCCAUGCCAAUGUUUAGUUGGGCAAGAUUCUAAAACCUGAGUUUUCCCUGAUGCAUGUGUGAUUGUGUUAAUGUUAAAAAAACAGUCAUAGAAAAAGAUGCUUGUAUGAAUUAGUAAGUGAGCCUUCCAGUUAUAUGUGUAGAUAAACGGAGUAAAAAAAAAAAGAAGUGCUGUAUAAGUACCAGUCCAUUUAAAGUGGACAUGAAGCAUCACAUGCAUAAAGGCUAAUUAAAAACCUCAUAGAUUUAAGUCUGUCUGUGAAGCUGCAUUUAAGUGUUUAAAGCAUGUGUAGCGCCAUCUUGUGCCAGUCCAUCAGCAUGUCUGCAGGGAGAACAGAGUGAUGUGUGUGUCAGACCAAAACAAACAAACAAACAAACAAAGAAACAACACUUUUUGUCACAUUUGGAGACCUUAUUUCCUUGUUUUAUUUUACAAAUUCUUAUCUCCACUAUCAAACAGCGUUGCUCAAACAGGCUCUCCUCCACGCUGUCCUCAUUCACAAAGUCAUUUAUAAACUACAAAGAACCACUCACUGUUGAAGAGACAGAGGUGGACGGUGAAGGUUUUUAACAUGAAACUCAGUGCAGCAGUACAAAAGUGAGCCUCUUAGCUUUUUAGUUUUAGUUUCCUUGUUUUCCACUGAGUUAUUGUUCUGUCACUAAUUAGCUAACAUAACCUAAUAUAAGUCUGUUAGCAUCAACCAACCAACCAACCAUGUAACCCAGUGAUGUCACGUUUUGGACUGGCACAAGAUGGCGCUACACAUGCUCUAAAAACUAACAGUAAACACUUAGAGCUGGUUUCCCAGUCAUGGAUUAAGCAUGGUCCUAGACUAAAAGGAAAAAGUCAGUGAGGACCACAAGAGGAAAAAGUAUUUAGUCCAGGAUUAGACAUAAUCCCUGUAUGGGAAACUGGGCCUGAAAUCUUAAUCUCUUUGUGCUUCUUCUUCAGUGAUGUAACACCCUGUUGGAGGUUUUGUAUGUCAAAAAACAAAUACAUAAAAAGCAUAAUAGCAGACAUCCACAUCUUGCAAAGCAAAUAAAAGAACUGAUUCAUGAGCAGUAAUAGAGUAUAGACAUGCUCUUAUUUUUCUUUAAUUUUUUUCUAAUAUCAUCUCAGCCUUAAGUAAUUCUUUUUAAUCCUUUUUAAGUUUCUUUGAUUUAUAGUAGUAAUCAUUAUAUAUUCAAAAAAAAAGAAAAGAGAAGUUUUGAUAUGCUUGUAUCUGUUUUUCUAUGACGUGUCUAUGUGUAUAACCCAUUGUUUUAAAGCAGGCAGAGCUGUUUAGAAGCAGGAUAAGGACAGAGAUGAGGGACAGACAUAAGUGCGCAGCUGCUACUGCACCUUCUCUGUGUGUGAAGUCUAGGACCAGGAAGUCAGAGGUAGCAAGAGGCAGAAAGUUGCUGAGUAGGAAAAAGAGAGGAGAUUCAUACUGUGCUGAUGUAUUGGUUUAUUCUUUUGCUUUAUUGUUUUUAUUUUUCUCUUAUUUUUCUUUAAUCAUUGUAAUCAGUAUUUGAUUUAUAUGUAAUAUGGAAAAAAAAUUCUUUUAUCUACAUCUUAUAUACAUAUAUCCCAUAUAAUCCUUUACAUAUAUGCUGACAUAAAAGAGGAAGACACCUCCCUAUAAAGAGAACUGAUGCUGAAGAUGCGAGGGCUUUUUCAGGGUUGUUGUUUUUGGGGGCUUUUUUGAAUCAGUAAGAGAGGAGGAUAUUAGUUAGAGCAGAAGUUCCUGUUGUUAUUUUUUCCCUUUUUGGAACAUUGUACAGCGACUGUCAAGUCUUCUUAGUGCAUUUUAUUGUAAGCUUGUUAUCUAUUUCUAUUAAUAAAUAGGAAAGGAAUUAACUCUCUAAAAGGCAUUUCUUGUUGUGUUGCGUUAUUCCCGCUGGUUUCUUGUAGUCCUGUGAUACUUGAGGGUGACAGCUUGAAAGGGGUAACUUCAGCCCCAGCUCUAGGAAGGAGAAGAGCUGCUCUCUCUGCUCCACUUUGGGAAUAAAGGGGAUAGAGGCUCUGCCCAGGGCUUAAAUAUUUUAUUUCAGUGAGCAGAAUCACAGUUCCUGGUGAGCAGGUCGCUGCACUCAGCUCUCUCAGGAAGGAACAUCAGGGGGCUUAAUGGUCUGAGAACCCGAUAGGGCCCAGGGUCUUGACCAGGAGGUCAAGGGAGCAAGUUGGGUCACCCCCUGACAGCAGCUUACUGUACCCUUGCAUUAUUUUUGUAAUCAGCUACAAACUUAAGAUCAAAAAUUACCCUGUGGUCUACCC